AAGAAUCUUUAGUUUUGGUUAGGUUGGCGCACCUCCAAAUCUGACAGUCCUUAUGAUUUCACUUUCUGCUAAUUUUUUUAGGUUAGUAAAUAUCAACAAAACCGGCGUUGGCGGUGUUAUUGAUCAAUAUUUUCUUUCAGAAAGGCUUUCAAGACACUACAAAAUUCCCAAAUCAAUGGAUCAAAACAAUCAAGACGAAUAUACUAAUCCAUACCCAGAUUUUGAUGGAGAAAACGGACAUGGAAUUAUUGAUUUAUCCACUGAGCAGCUGGAUAAAACACUCCUGUCAAAAAUAGAGAAGGCUGCCAAUCAAUUCACGGAGACUGUAAACAAGGAGGGCGAUCGUACCAGUGAUUUCUCAGUGUACACUGGAUUGGGAGGCAUUGCUCUGCUAAAUCUAUUGAUAUCUCAGUGCUUUGAUGACUCCCGAGCAUUGGCGAAAGCAGAGGACCAACUGCGAAGAGCUCCUCAAAAGAUUCACAAAAAUCGAGCAACUUUCUUGCAAGACUCUGGACCAGUUGCCAUCAGCGCUGUCAUAGCUCAUCAUCUCGGCAAAUCUUCGGAGGCUAAGAAACUUACUUCAAAAUUAACGUCUGCACUGGAUGAUGUGAUCGCCAGUAACCCAGAGAUGCCUGAUGAGUGUUUGUACGGAAGAGUCGGGUAUCUUUACUCUCUCAUGUUUGUCAGAAAACAUCUUGGGCCUCAGUCCGUAGAUAUAAACGCAAUCAAAAAGGUAGUUGGCGUGGUCCUGUCCUCUGGAAAGGCUCGAGCAUCGUUGAUACGCAGCAAAGCGCCAUUAGCUUAUCAGUGGCACGGCAAGAACUACUACGGGGCGGCGCACGGCACCGCUGGCAUACUCUACCUACUGCUGCAGUCUGGCGUUUUAUCGUCACAAGACAAAGCUGAACUUAUUCGUCCGACACUAGACAGUCUGAUUGGUGAACGAUUACCCUCUGGGAACUUUCCUUCAUCGCAAGGCAGCAGGAGCGACAGACUCGUCCAGUGGUGCCACGGGGCUCCUGGGUUUGCUGAUUUACUUGCCACAGCCUACAAGGAGUUUGGUGAUGACCGUUACCGCAACCUAGCCCUGGAGGCUGGCGAGGUUGUGUGGAAGCGAGGGUUGUGUACCAAAGGCUACAGUAUCUGUCAUGGAGUCUCUGGCAAUGCUUACACCUUCCUGCAACUCUACCAACUCACUGGGGAUGUAAAGCAUCUCUAUCGAGCAGGAUGUUUUGCUGAUUGGUGUCUUUCCCUUCCCAAACAUGAACAAAUGAAGCCUGACCGACCGUUUUCGCUCUUCGAAGGUCUAGCUGGAGUUGCCUACUUCUUAAACGACAUUCAGGAGCCUUCAAAAGCUGGGUUUCCAGCAUACACUCUACAGCUAUGAAGCUUGAAACUGCAGAUUCGAAGUUUUAACAUUUGGUCACAUCACAAAGAUUUUUUGAGUUAAAAACUAAUUAUACCACACCACACCCAAUAA